AUGACCGUGGUGGAGGCCAUCGAUGCUCAGCGCCGAGAAAAGGAGGAGAAGGAGGAGCAGGAGGAGGAGAAGGCGAAAGUUGCAAGCCCAGGGUCUGCAAGAAAGCGGAAGAUCAAGACCCCAAGGAAGACGCCUCAAGAUAAGAAGGCUAGGAACGAGGAGUCGAAGCAGACGCCAAAGGACGAUGCGAAGCAGACGCCGAAGGAUGAUGCGAAGCAGACGCCCAAGGAUGAUGCGAAGCAGACGCCAAAGGAUGAUGCGAAGCAGACGCCAAAGGAUGAUGCGAAGCAGACGCCGGAGGAUGAUGCGAAGCAGGAGCCGGGCGAGGCUGUUGAGGCCGACAAGAAGGCGAAGGAAAAGGAGGCCAAGCGAAAGAAGCUGCACGCUCGCUAUAUGCGAUUCCACCGGAGCCUGGUGAGUCCCAACACGCCACCAGAGAUCUUGAAGUUGGCGGAGAAAGCAAAGCCCCACAGCCCGGAAAGGUCGUACCUCUUUGAGUCUUGGUUGACCAGCAGUGAAUGCUGGAAAUCCUCGAAGCUGCUGAUUUCCCUGAAGCAGAAGAACUCCAAGAAAAGCCGUGGCCUUCGAAAGUGGAUGACGUUUAAAGAGAUGUGCGAGCGCUUUGGGGAAAGUGUCGCGACAGACAUCCGGGAUGCAAAGCUGGAGGAUGCAGAGCUUCGCAAGAAGGAAGUUCGUGACCACCCGGAGUGCAAGCACCGGAAGGACAUGCAGCAGUUUCUCUGCCUGGCUGAAGAUGUGGAGGAAAACGAAGAUCUCGAAGAAGUGGAAAAGCUGUUCCAGGCCGAAGAGGGAAGCAGCGACUCGUCGGAUGAUUCGACGGAGGAUGAUGAGGCGGAGACUUCGUCUUCGAAGAAGGCGAAGACAAACAAGAAGAAGAAAAAGAAAGCAAAGAAGGCCAAGACCAAAAAAGCCAGUGUCAAAGCUAAGCCGAAAAAGAAAGCUGUGCCUAAAGGGCAGACCGCCGGCAAGGACAGCAUGACAUCUAAACCCUUAACCCUAAACCCUAAACCCUGGUAUAUAAUAAUAUACAUACUCUACACACCACCCCUCCAGGAUGCCUCCGCAGACGCCGAAGCGAUCAUGAAGGAUGCAAAGAAGGCAAGAGCCUGGGUUUGA